CGCUUCGUCCCGGGACCGCCAGCAUGAGCAAACCGGCCGGAUCAACAAGCCGCAUUUUAGAUAUCCCCUGCAAAGUGUGUGGCGACCGCAGCUCUGGGAAGCACUACGGGGUCUACGCUUGCGACGGCUGCUCGGGGUUUUUCAAGCGGAGCAUCCGAAGGAAUCGGACAUAUGUCUGCAAGUCUGGAAACCAGGGUGGCUGCCCGGUAGACAAGACGCACAGAAACCAGUGCCGGGCGUGUCGGCUGAAGAAGUGUUUGGAAGUCAACAUGAACAAAGAUGCCGUGCAGCACGAGCGGGGGCCUCGGACGUCCACCAUUCGCAAACAGGUGGCCCUCUACUUCCGCGGACACAAGGAGGACAACGGGGCUGCCGCGCACUUCCCCUCCGCGGCGCUGCCCGCCCCGGCCUUCUUCACUGCGGUCACUCAGCUGGAGCCGCACGGUCUGGAGCUCGCCGCGGUGUCCGCCACCCCGGAGCGGCAGACCCUCGUGAGCCUGGCUCAGCCCACGCCCAAGUACCCCCACGAAGUGAAUGGGACCCCGAUGUAUCUAUAUGAAGUGGCCACAGAGUCUGUAUGUGAGUCAGCUGCCAGGCUCCUUUUUAUGAGCAUCAAGUGGGCCAAGAGUGUGCCAGCCUUUUCCACACUGUCUCUGCAAGACCAGCUGAUGCUUUUGGAAGAUGCUUGGAGAGAACUGUUUGUUCUAGGAAUAGCACAAUGGGCCAUUCCGGUUGAUGCUAACACUCUACUGGCUGUAUCUGGCAUGAAUGGUGACAACACAGAUUCCCAGAAGCUGAACAAGAUCAUAUCUGAAAUUCAGGCUUUACAAGAGGUGGUAGCUCGGUUUAGACAGCUCCGGUUAGAUGCUACUGAAUUUGCCUGUCUGAAAUGCAUCGUCACUUUCAAAGCUGUGCCCACACACAGUGGUUCUGAAUUGAGAAGCUUCCGGAAUGCUGCCGCCAUUGCAGCUCUUCAAGAUGAGGCUCAGCUAACGCUCAACAGCUACAUCCAUACCAGAUAUCCCACUCAACCUUGCCGCUUUGGAAAACUCCUGCUGCUCUUGCCAGCUUUACGUUCUAUCAGCCCAUCAACAAUAGAAGAAGUGUUUUUCAAAAAAACCAUCGGCAAUGUGCCAAUUACAAGACUGCUUUCAGACAUGUACAAAUCCAGUGAUAUCUAAGCUCUCAUAGUACCGGCUUUUCAGGAUGGGACAGUAUCAGAUGAACUUCUACCUGUGGAGAACAAGCUCAACUAACACACCCUUCAGGAAGCAUAAAUUGUGUAGCCUUCAGGAAAAAUGCCAGUUAAUACAAAACAAUUCUAGUAGCUAUGAUCCGCUGUCUCAAGCUGGUAGAGCAGCCUGGAAGAAAGGGAACACAGUGGGACCACCUGACAGUGAAGUCAUGGCUGCAGAGCCCAGGAGGGGACAAACUGGGGGACGCCACAGGCCAAGCCACUCUGCCUCUGACCUGGAAGAUCCGGGAGAGCCAUCAGAAGCUGAAAGACAAGUCAUGCUUUCUUUUUCUUUUUAGCAUAUAAAGUUGGGUGACCAAAUAUAGCUCUGUGUAUAACAUCAUACUGCGGCCUUCAGAAAUACAUUAUGUGGGAGCAUUUAUUUUUAAAAUAAUGGUUAAGUUUUAAAUCAAAAGUAUUAUCAAAAGUUUCCCUUCUAUUGUAAUACAUCAAGUGGCCUUCCGAACCAAGGUAAUAAGUGGAACGUAGCUUAUGCUGUGUGGUUUGCUGUUAUUCUCUUUUCCCCACCUUCCUUUCUCUUUUUUUUUUUUUUUUUUUUUUUUUUCUUUCUUUGCCUUUUCCUUCUCUUUCUUUUUUUAAUACCACAGGCCAGGCAACCUUGUCAAAGGAAUUGGUGGAUGAAACUGAGAUUCUCUGCGGGACUUUAGGUUGGAUAACAUCUCAAAAAUAGAAGAGCCUUACUAAAAGAACACUAUUUGAAAGAGGAUGAGGACAAACAGCAAAACCAAAUACAGUGGAGAUGGGUUUUGAGUGAGGCAGAAUGCUGUCCACUAGCAUGGUACAGAGACCAGAGGCAGUGGGUCCAAACUCCUGGUUCAGCUGGUCACACUAGGCAGUGGAAAAACAGACAUGGUGUCAGAAGGAACUUCAAGGAGAUGAAUGCUGAAAGCUUUCAUGAUUGAUCCAUUGCUGAUGGCCUGGGACUCUUCAAUGCCUUUCAGGAAACUCUGGUUUCUAGUAAAGCCUUGAAUGUGCACACACACACACACACACACACACACACACACACACAGAGUGAAUCGUCCCAUGCUAUCAGCUGCUCCUUUGGUAUGAAUCGAUACUUAAUGGAAAUGUAGAGACAAACAUUUUUAAAUAGCUGCUGUACUUUUCACAUUUUGAUUUCUUAGGUACUAGCACUGAGGAAGAAAAUUCAGCACUUGGACUAUCAUAGGAUGAGUAAAACUUUUCUUGUACAAAGUGAAUUAACUGAUUUGUGAAGUUAAAAGGUUGUACUCAUUGUAUUUACAAAGAAUAAAAUAUAUUGAAUUUAAACAAAUUCUGCCUGAUUUCCUUACCACUCUCCCUGGCUGGUUCUCGCUUGCCAGAUCCAAAGGUGGUGGCGACAGCUGAGCUCCAACACAGCACCGAAAGAACUGAACUACAAAGGCAAUUUCCUUUUUACAGUGAAUCCCAUUUGUAAAAUGAUGAAUAAAGAAAUAAAGCAUAAGAUUCAAUUCUCUUCAGCUCUCCGAUGUAAUUGCA